AUGCGAUUCGUGGCUGGAAUUGUUACUUCGACGUGUCCUCUUGUACCUGGAUUAUCCCGACUAAGUUUAAGAGCACACUCAACAACAACGUUACGGGUAUGCACGACUAAGGGCUUAAUGGAGGAAAAGAUGUGCCCCCUCAUUUUCGUGGACACGAGAUAUCUCAUUAAGCCAUUGAAAUGUGGUACUGGUAACUGCAUGAUCGGUCAAUGUGGCGUGGACUUCUACUUGGCCUACCCUUUUGCGGUCACCGUGCAACCCAUCUCCAAGAGUGGUGAUGGCAUGCAUUGGAGGUGGGAGACCGCGAAGAGUGAUCGUUGGCGUGCUCUUGGGAAUGGUCGUAGUCUGAUACCAGGCCAUGCACGAAUGAAUGAAGAGUGGAUUGCAUUGAAGAUGGGUGACAUGGAUUUUUGCAUGGAACUCACUCGAGACCAACUUGAGCAGUUGUGCUCGGACCUCUUCAGCCGAACGAUGGAUGUGGUAAAUUCGGCAUUGAGUGCUGCGAUGAUGAGGCAGGAUGACAUCGACGAGAUAUUGUUGGUGGGUGGAUCGACUCGUAUUCCGAAGGUGCAGACGAUGUUGCAGAAAUACUUCAAUGGCAGAGAAUUGAAUAGGACUGUCAACGCAGACGAGGCAGUGGCGUACGGUGCGACAUUGCUGGCGGCCAAACUGACUGAUGCUCUACCGAAGUCGAUGCAGCAUUUGAGGCUGUUGGAAGUGGCGCCACUGUCACUGUGUCUGGGGUUUCCAGAUGGUACUCUGGGGAAGAUAGUAGAGCGCAACACGCGAAUUCCGAUAAAGCAGACGUGGCCUUACAAAACUCCUAAAGAUAAUAGCGCUGAGGCGGUGCUUAGGGUUUUUGAGGGCGAAUGUAAGAAGGCAAGCGACAUUUACAUUUUGGGCAACUUUUCUUCUGCGAAUUUUUUUUGGUAUCUACUUGGUUAUGCCAUGCUUGACUUGGUUAUUGAAAUUGACGAAAGUGGCAUUUUCUAUGUGUCGGCGGUGCAAAGGUCAUUAUGGAAGAAGGACAGCAUCACGCCCAUCAAAGGCAAAGUUGGUCUGUCAGAGGAGGAGAUAGAACGAAUGAUAAAUGAUGCGAAGAAGAUGAAGCUGGAGGACGAGAAGGAGAGGAGCAGGAUGGCAGCGAAGAAUGUGUUAGUGGGCUGCAUUUACACAAUAAAAGCUAAAAUGGAGAGCGAGGAGGUAAAGCAAAUGACAUCCGAGGAGCAUAGACAAGAAUUGAUUGGGAAGUGCGAGGAGAUGAUCAGGUGGACGGAGAUGGAAAAGAGCUCCACAAAGGAGGACUUUGAACGGAAUCAGAGUAUGUUGGAGGAGAUGUACAAAGGUAUUACUAUGGUCAAACAAAGAAGUACGUGUAAGGAAAUGAUGAACAGGGCAGGCAGGGAAACGGACGCCACAAUGGAGGAAUAUGAACAAAUUCCAAAACAACUUGAUGACAUGUACAAUAAUUCACCAUAA